AUGAACAGCAAUCGAUAUUAUAAAGAAGAAAAAUCUAAAAGUAGGAAGUAAGGACCAAGAGUGUACACUUACUAGAAUAAAGAUAUAUCUUCAAUUCAACAAUAAAUUGUGGUGGACCUCUCUUAGUCUUCUUAUAGUUAACCUUAGACCUUAUAUGAUGAUGACUCUAUUUACACGUUUUGCUAAUCUUAGAAUAAAAAGCAAGCUAAGCAUUUCUCUACAUAGUCUGUUUCAAUUUCAGUUGAAAACAGCUUAGACAACAAUCUUUAAUUAAAAGGAUACUAAAAUAGUUUUUAGUCCUCAGUAAGCAUAAAAGUUUCUUCUUCCAAUAAUUAGCCUAAACCCAAUAAAAACAAAGGUAAAUAGGAAAACAAAAAAAAUAAUAAUCUUAAAAAGUGUACUUCUCUUAAGUCUAUUGUUGAUCCCCUUAGUGAACAGUAGGAUAAAAGCGCCUCCAUUUCUUCCAUAUCUUUUUCAAACUCAAUAAAAUUUGAACCUAAUAGAAACAAGUUUUAGUCAUCUGUUGAUAGUAUUGAUUCCUCUAAUAAGCGUUUAACUAGAUCUGCUUCUUAAAAUUAGAAUUAAAUUAUCUUCAAUAAUAUUUUUAGUGGCAUGCAACAUAUUAAAGACAAAAUGAUUCAAUAAAAUAUUUCCAGUAACACUUCCUCAAGGAUGGCAAAAAAAAAUAUUACAAAGGCAGUCGGAGUGUAGAACUUGAAUAAAAGUUAGAAUAGUAUAUUGAACUGUAGUACAAUUACUGAUAGCGAUAUAUGCUAAAUAGAAAAGACUAAAUAUAAGAAGAAAGGCUAUAAUAAUUCCUAAGAAAGUAGUGUUGAAGCUUCUAAAACUAACUUUUUAGUUGGGGCAGCAAGCACAACUCAGCCUAAGUAACGUAAAAAUGAAAAAAAUUAUUCUUAAGAAAAUGAACUUGAUGAUGAUGAAGAAGAUGAUGAAUUAUAUUAUCUAAGGUAAACAGCUAAAGCAUAUGAUAAUAGAAAAGCUAAUGAGAAUAGAUUUGUAUUUGCUGAUGAAAAGGAUUACAAAAAUCUUCAGAAUUAAAAGAUGUUUGAUGAAAAUUCAAAACCAUCUUUCAAAAUAGUAAAAAAAUCAAAUAAUAUUUUCAACGAUAAAGCAUGUCUUAAAAAUGAGACAAAAGAUAGCUCAUACAUUAAUUAAGGAACUAGAAAAGCCGAUUCUGCUUAAACAAGUGUAACUUAAUGCAAAGAAUAGUUAGAGAGGAAUUAGUAAUCUAAGCUCUUUGAAAAACAUUAGAAUGGAACAAAAAAGGGUUUAGAUAAAGCACCAUUUUUCUUUUUUGAUGAAGAUGAAGAUUUGAGAUUUUCAAAUAAGUUAAGUAGCUUAAAGUCCUAAGAUGAAACUCACUUAAACAUAGAUGAUUAAAAUAUUUGGAAUAAAAACUCAUGUUUAAACCAUAACAGUUCAGAAAAAAAUUAAUAUAAACAAAAUAAUAAUAAAUUGGAUUUUUUCAAUAUAAAACAACUAAACAAUUAAAAUAUUUGGAAUCAGGAUCACGUUAAUGAAACUGAAUAAAUAGAUUUAAAUUAAAUGUUCUAAAAAAGGAUUAAAAACUCUUAACAAAAUAACUAGUGUUUUGGAGUUGAUAGUGCAUUUACAAUAGAUUAUGAAAAAUUAAGAUAUACUAGUUAAAACAGCAAUAGGAUAAGACACUACGAAUUUAACUGUUUUAAGGAUAAAGAUUUACGUAUAGAUCAAAAAUUCUAGAAAAAAAUUUAAGAGCUAACUCUUGACGAUGAUAAUCAAACAGACGACGAAACUCUUGAUUAUUAUGUUGAAGUUUGUUUUAAUGAUUUGCUAGUAGGAAUAGAAAUGAAUAAAUCAGAAUCAUAAGAAUUUUAUGGAGAAUCUGAAAGCAAUUCUUCUUCAUCUAAUUCUCAAAACAGCUCAAAAAAAAUGGACCCAUUAUGGAGAUACUUCAGACCUCCAAACCAUAGUGAAAUUGUUGAAGCAUGA